AUGGAUACAGCAUACCUUAAGCAAAGCCUUGGUGACUCUCUGAGCUGUCUGGCAGAGGUAUCUGAGAAGAGGCCAAGAGACCCGAUAGAAUAUAUUGCACAAUGGCUGUACAAGCAUGUGGAAAACCAGAACUACAUUGCUCAGAAAAAAGAAGAGGCAGAGGAGUUGGAAAGGCAAAGGUUGAAUCAUGAGAAAGAGGAAAGAUUGAGGGAGAAAAGACGAGAAGAGGCAAAAAAAAUUGCUGAGAGAGAAGCAGAGAAAAAGAAGCAAGAGGAAGAGCGUGCUAUAAAGGAGACGACGUCACCAACAAAACUUCCUGUGGUGAUAGAAGCACAGGAGCCAUCAGAUGAAUCUAAAACAGAGGUAAAGACUGACAGCCAGGAACCAACAGAAACACAGGAGGGGGACAAAGGAGAACAACCAGAAGGGGAGACAACUGAAACAAGGAGAAGCAAAAACUGAAGAAGAACCCAAAGCAGAAAGUGAGCCUAAAGCAGAAGAUGAACCUAAAGCUGAAGAAGAAACUAAAGCUGAAGAAGAAAACAAAACUGAAGAAGAAGCCAAGCCUACAGAAGAAGAGGCUACUUAGUUAUCUCUCCUUGUCCACUUUAACCCUUUGUCCCUUUUCAUCCAUUGAUUUAUUUGUUCAUCUUAGUCCAUAAUGUAUUGAAGAAGUUAACUAUUUGUUUAUUCCAAAUACCAAAUUAAACAUAAUCCAGCCAUUUUAAGAGUGCAGUAUUUUUUAGAGGAAAAUUUGGUCUGACUAAUAUAUAUAUGAAGAAAGAACAUCAAGUUAUUAUUUUUUGUCAUAGAUUUUUUGUUACAUUAUAAAUAAGAUAAUGGUUUAUUGAAACACUUUCUGUUAGAUUAAAGAUGUUUAUAUGUCUGAAAAACUCAAGUUGUUGAAAAUUAACAUCCAUAUCUGCCAUAUGCCAAAUCGGGCAUAUGUUAGCUAGUACUGAUACAGAAUCCAGAAAAACUGGUUACGUUAAUUGCAGGCCAUUACAUAUCUGAAAUACUAUUCAAAACAGCGGUAAAGCAAAUUUAUUUUAGGAAGAAGAAAAGGUUGAUUUGUAUAAAACAUUUUAUGUAUAAGUUUCAGUUUUGUUUGAGGUAUGCAUUUAUUGUACAUCUUAGUACUAAAGGUGACAAUCAUUACUGUAUUUUAUUUUUAGGUUGUUGGAUUUGUAUCCAGAAGUAUGCACAAGGUUUGGUCCUGAAAUAUUGCUCAUCUUUAGGACUACAAUAUUAGUCUUUGAAAGAAAUGAGUGCAUAUUUCUCAAUGCAAAUCUAAUAAUAUUUCUAUUACAUUCUCAUUUACUCUUAUAAAUGGUAUUUGGUAUAUUGUCAGAGGAAAUUUGAAAAAUAUUAAUGGUUAUGGUCUUUUUAUGCCCUCCAUUCGUUUGUCACAACGUUAACUUUUUGCAUGAGGGCACUUUACUUGCGAACCACUGCACCCAGAACCUUCAAACUUCACAUGCUGAUAGUACUUAUUGUACACGACCCCUACUGACUUUGGGGUCACCAGGUCAAGGUCACAGGGGCCAAUGUUUACUUUUUGCUUGAAGGCAGUUUACUCGCGAACCACUGCACCCAGGACCUUCAAACUCACAUGCUGAUAGUACUUAUUUAGUACACGACCCCUACUGACUUUGGGGUCACCAGGUCAAAGGUCAAGGUCACAGGGGCCAAUGUUAACUUUUUGCAUGAAGGCACUUUACUCGCGAACCACUGCACCCAGGACCUUCAAACUUCACAUGCUGAUAGUACUUAUUGGGUACACGACCCCUACUGACUUUGGGGUCACCAGGUCAAAGGUCAAGGUCAUAGGGGCCAAUGUUAACUUUUUGCAUGAAGGCACUUCACUCGCAAACCACUCCAAGGAUCUUCAAACUUCACAUGCUAAUAGUACUUAUUGAGUACACUACCCCUAUUGACUUUGGGGUCACCAGGUCAAAGGUCAAGGUCACCAGGUCAAAGGUCAAGGCACUGCGUGGGCAUUUGUCACCAUUAGUGACAGCUCUUGUUUUAAUCUAGCAAGGUUCUUUAAAAUGAUAUUAACAGUGACAUCUGGUAAUAAACAUGAACUUUUUAUGUCAGUAGGAAAUAUGUUGAUAUAUAAGGUUCCAUUCUAACAUAACAAAGAGUAUGAAAAUGAGUGUGUAAUUAUAUUACAUGUACAAUAUUUAUGUCUUUAGAUCGAAACAAAGUAAUCAAAGUGAGGUGCAAUGACUUAAGUAGAACAUUUGUCUGUAGUUGUAGAACGUAUCCAUUUCUGUGUGGCCAUAACAGUAGAAUAUCUGUGACAUUUUGGUGCUUACCUAAAAGUGAUGUUUCAGUCAUGUAAAAUUCUUGCCAUUUUUUUACACACAAUAUUUAUUGUAGCUUUAAACUAAUACACCUUUAUUACCUCUAACCAAAGAAAGAGUAUCUAAGUCAGACUGGUAUUCAUUUUCUUAGACUGGUCUUUUUUAUCAGCAUUACAAGAGUUGUUUUACAAGUAGACUUUAAGUUAGGCAUGAUUCUGCUUAAAGUGAUAAGAUUCUUCACAAAUGUCUACAGUUGUUUUGAUAUUGCCACAUUAAUAAUUUAAUAUUACAUGGCUAUUUUAUAAUUUGAUAAUUUUGUGUAUUAUCAAAAUGAUACUUUUUAUUUUAUUUUUUUUUGUUUGCAGUAUUUACACUUGAUGUUACACAGUAUAUUUUGACAUAUAAUCAAAUGAACAAGACAUUCUGACAUAAUAUAUCUUCAGUUAAUCUUGCAUGACAAACAAUGGAAUGUAACAUUUAGUAUGAUUUUGUUGUAUUUACAUUUAUAUUCUAAACGUCCAACAGCUGUGAUUGAUAAUCAUUUACUGUUAUAUUUACAUGAUUUAUGUUUGUUUUCAGUCUGUGUUGAUUAAAUGGCUGUAAGAAAAU